GCGCGGGCGGGCGGGAGGGAGGGAGGGCCAUGGCGGGCAGCGCCGGAGAGUGGUGCCUCAUGGAGAGCGACCCGGGCGUCUUCACCGAGCUCAUCAAAGGAUUCGGUUGCCGAGGAGCCCAAGUGGAAGAGAUAUGGAGUUUGGAGCCUGAGAAUUUUGAAAAAUUAAAGCCAGUUCACGGGCUGAUUUUCCUCUUCAAGUGGCAGCCAGGAGAAGAACCGGCGGGCUCUGUGGUUCAGGAUUCCAGGCUGGAUACUAUCUUUUUUGCCAAACAGGUGAUAAACAACGCGUGCGCUACCCAAGCCAUAGUAAGCGUCCUGUUGAAUUGCACCCAUCGUGACGUCCACCUCGGGGAAACGCUGUCGGAGUUUAAAGAGUUUUCACAGAGUUUUGACGCGGCGAUGAAAGGUCUGGCGCUAAGCAACUCGGAAGUGAUUCGGCAAGUUCACAACAGCUUCGCCAGGCAACAGAUGUUCGAAUUCGACGCGAAGACGUCGGCCAAAGAGGAAGAUGCUUUUCAUUUUGUCAGUUACGUUCCCGUCAGCGGUAGGCUCUAUGAAUUAGAUGGUUUACGAGAAGGACCGAUCGAUCUAGGUGCCUGUAAUCAAGACGACUGGAUCAGUGCCGUGAGGCCGGUCAUAGAGAAGAGAAUACAGAAGUAUAGCGAAGGCGAAAUACGAUUUAACUUGAUGGCCAUUGUGUCUGACAGGAAAAUGAUAUAUGAACAGAAAAUAGCUGAAUUACAAAGACAACUUGCAGAGGAGGAGCCUAUGGAUACAGAUCAGAGCAGUAACAUGCUGAGUUCCAUCCAGUCAGAAGUUGCCAAAAAUCAGAUGCUAAUUGAAGAAGAAAUUCAGAAGCUAAAGAGAUAUAAGAUCGAAAAUAUCAGAAGGAAGCAUAAUUAUCUGCCUUUCAUCAUGGAAUUGUUAAAGACCUUAGCAGAACAUCAACAGUUGAUACCGCUCGUAGAGAAGGCGAAAGAAAAACAGAACGCGAAGAAAGCUCAGGAAACCAAGUGAAGUCGACUCCGUCGGUGGGAGACGCACACGUUUCUGCUUCCGGUUUUAUUUUCACGGAAACGAAAGGAACGAGUAUAUAGUAUUUUCAGUAAAAUCUCAGCCGGUUCAGCGCCCCUCUGACAGUUGUAACGGUCUGUCUCCUGUCGAAUGCAUGGGUUCGUACGAACGCUUCCCCUACCUGCAUCGUGUGCAUGUAGCGCGCUACUAAAUAAAAAGUCACGUUUAGAGUCGCUUGACCAAAUUCAGUUAUUUUGACAGCAUUCCAAGUAACCUCUGGAACUCGAACUACUGUUAUGGACCUAAAAACGGUAUUCUGUAUCUCUCGAUGGUUCUCCUAAUUUAUCGUCUAAGUUGUUUUUUGGGUUUUUUUUUUGGUCCCGCAUUUGAAGAUGAAGAUUUUAUAAUAAAAGAGAAAAUGUCAGAUCUAA